UGUGUGUGGCAAGAAUUCAUUUAGGACAGUUGAAGAACCGGGCUUUAGAUACAUGAUGAGAAUUGGUAGUCCUAAUGUUAAGAAUAUAAGUAGACAUACAGCUGCUAGGGAUGUCCUAAUGUAUUAUGCAAAAGAGAGAGAUCGUGUUAAAGAAGAGUUGGCUAAAGCACCUGGUUUAAUUUGUCUAACUUCCGAUAAUUGGAACUCAGAGCAUACUAAUGAUGAAUAUAUUUGCAUUACUGCUCAUUGGGUUGACAAAGAUUGGAAGCUACAAAAGAGAAUCAUAAGGUUUAGAGCUUUAUUUCCUCCGUAUGAUGGUUUGAACAUAGCGGAUGAACUUGUUUUAUGUUUAUCUCAAUGGGGUAUAGAUAAGAAAAUUUUUAGCAUCACCUUGGAUAAUGCUUCUUAUAAUGAUGUUAUGGUUUCUUGUCUUAAAAAUCGUUUUCGUGCAAACCGAGCUAUUUUGUGUGAUGGUGCUUUUUUUCAAGUUAGAUGUUGUGCACAUAUAUUGAAUCUUAUAGUUAAAGCUGGUUUGGAACUUGCCGAUGAUGUUGUUGGUAAGAUUCGAAAUGGAAUUAGGUACAUAAGAAAGUAGGGAAUUCGUAGGAAAAGAUUUUAUGAUGUGGCCGACAAAAGUUUUCAUUUGAAUGUGACCAAAAAGUUGCGUCAAGAUGUGUGUGUGAGAUGGAAUUCUACCUAUUUGAUGCUUGAAUCUUCUCCUUACUAUAAAGAUGUGCUAGAUUAUUGGGGCCAACGGGAUAAAGAUUAUCAAAUGUUUGCACUUUCUAGCGAGGAGUGGAGAAAUGUUGCUAUUCUUUGCAAAUUUUUGAAAGUCUUUUAUGAUGUGACUUGUGUUUUUUCUGGUUCUAAUUAUCCAACGGCUAAUCUUUAUUUUAGAGGGGUUUGGAAGGUUCACAAGCUCUUGAUUGAUACAGUUAAAGGCCCUUAUUCGUUUUUAACUCCAAUGGUUAAGCAAAUGCAAGAGAAAUUCAAUAAGUAUUGGGCUGAGUAUUCGUUGAUAUUGUCAUGUGCUACAAUUUUAGAUCCUCGUUACAAGUUGAAUUAUGUGCAGUAUUGCUUUAAAACAAUCUAUGGUAUUCAUGCUUCAGGUUUUGUUGAGACCAUUCUUAGCAAUCUUAGACUCUUGUUUGAUGAGUAUGUUAAGAAAUCCAAAUCCAUGUCUUCCUCUUUGGCUGAGAGUUCUAAUGUUUCGGAUAAAAAUCUUGUUGAUUCUAGUUUGGAUGAACACAAUGAUAAUAGUGCUGAUUUUGGGGGAUAUUUUGAUGAGAGUGAUGAUUAUAAAAGGUAUUUAAAUGAAUCUAGCACUAGGAGUGAGAAUUCACAGUUGGACAUUUAUUUGGAAGAACCAGAGCUUGAGUUGAAUAGUCAAAUAGAUGUUUUAGAUUAUUGGAGCAAAAGUUCAGUUCGAUACAAUGAGCUUUCAUUAUUGGCUCGUGAUCUUUUGGCAAUUCCAAUAUCGACUGUAGCUUCCGAAUCGGCUUUUAGCAUGGGUAAGAAAGUUAUCACACCUUUGAGGAGUUCACUUAAGCCAAAAACAGUUCAAGCCGUUGUUUGCUUGGAUGAUUGGAUGCGAGCUAAGGGAUUUUCAGCAGAAAUUGGUUGCAAAAAGGACGAUGAAGACGAUGACGACGUUGAGGACGAUGAGGAUGAUGAUGUUUCUUCGGUAGCUUUUUAAGAUACUUUCCUUCUAAAUAUGUUGAUGGACAAUUUAUGUUUUGUUAUGAAAUUAAAU